UUGUGGUAUUUACUUUACUCCUCUCAUAUCUCCAUUACUUGCCCACAAAGUUUCUUCAAAGUCACUCGCACAAGAAGAAGGAGAAAGACGGAAAUCAGAGCAAGAAACAAAAUGGAGGCAUCGAAGACCAUAGCACACGAAAUCGGAGGGAUCCAAAACGACGCACUCCGAUUUGGACUCCACGGCGUCAAGAGCGACAUCGUCGGAUCUCAUCCUCUUGAAUCCGCUUACCAAUCUGCAUGCAGGACACAGGAGGAGAUGAAGAGGAAGGUCUUGACAAACACGUACGGAAGUGCGUUUCCGCUGAAGAGUGAUCUUGAGAAGCAAAUUCUCUCUCGAUUUCAGAGGCCUCCAGGGGCAAUUCAAUCUUCAAUGCUUGGUUUGGAGGCUCUUACAGGAACCUUGGAUGACUUUGGUUUUGAGGAUUAUCUGAAUGACCCUCGUGAGUCGGAGACUGUCCGACCUCUGGAUAUGCAUCAUGGGAUGGAAGUUCGUCUUGGUGUUUCCAAGGGAGCAGUGUGCCCAAGUUUCAUAUGAAAGAAGCAUUUUUUAACUUUUGGGACAAAAGGAAUCAACCAGGUGGCACUUGCUGCGGUGGUUAUUCAUGGAUACUUUUAUUGUGCCUUUACGGAUAUCAUAUGGUUUUUCUUCUAAGAAUCCGAACAUAUCCUACCAUUUUAAGAUUACGCGGUCUUUAUCUUUGAGCUUUUGCCA